AGCCAAAGGUUCUUUGGUCUGCUUUUACAGUUGCACUCAAACUUCAUUUCUCUUCCCCUGGAAGUCUCUGACACACCAAAAUGGCUGAGGAUCACCAAACCAAACCCAAAACUCCACUCACAACACAACUAGCCACCACCUUCCGGUGGUCGACUCAGCGGAGAAUCAUCCUGCGGAGGAGGAAGCUUCCAAUAAUUCGUCUUGGAGGCAGGAAGAAACAGAGGAGAGGAUUUUCCCUAGUGAGGAUUAUAAGAAGGAUGAAACUGAGGUGGCAGAAGUUGCAAAAAACCUGCGUGCUGAAGAAGCUCAAGGAAUACUACAGGAACUUGAUUAAGGACUUCGCAGAAGCAGGAACCACUAUGGAGGCCUUUCAGCAGAGAUUGUUGAUGGAGACAGCUCUCGCCGUCCCCGCUAUGGGCGUUUCCUUUAACAGCUUCCCUUCCGCCGCUGGAUCCAAUCGUCCGAGAGCCCAGUUCAUGUAAAGUACCAUAUUUUCUAAUCCAACUUCUCAUUUACCUUCUUAGUUUUUCUUUGUUUUUUUUUUUUUAUCAGCUCAUUUACCUUCUUCGUUUUGGUGCCUCUUGAAUCAAAUGAUGAAUCUCUACAACAGGACUCAACUUGAGUCGGAAUAAAUAAGUAAUUCAGGCUGAAUCUCAUAAUUCUAGCUUUGAUUUGAUGUAUUACAUAAAAGGCUGCUAAAAAAAAAAAAUCCAUGGGAAAUUAAGCUAAUGAAAAUGUACAAAUUUU